UAGUGCACACACACACACACACAGGAGUUCAUUCGUGUGUGCACCAAGUUAACAACAUGGGGAAACACUGGCCUGCAGUUUUUGCAUUGAUUUUAGCUCUCGGUGCAUAUGUGCACUUUGACACAGCGUUUGCUGAAGAGGCUGAACGCAAAACAACAUCAAAGCCAGGAACAUGUCCUCCCAGGACAUGGGGCGCAGGGCUGUGUGCUGAGUUUUGCUCCAGUGACUGUGACUGCCCCGACAAUGAGAAAUGCUGCUCCAACGGAUGUGGACAUCAGUGCAUUGCACCAUUCACAGUGAAGCUUGGCCGCUGCGCUCGGCCCCAGAGAACCAACAUGUGUGCUGAGUACUGCUAUCAUGAUGGUCAGUGUCCGGGAGAGCAGAAGUGCUGCAGAACAACCUGCGGUCACGCCUGCAGCGAGCCCUGCUGAGUGGACGGCCACUGACUCAGGGGUCACUUUCAUUUCCUUUCCUGUACUUGAAAGUGAUUAGUGGGUAUUUUGUGCAAAUUAACUUAAUCAGUUUACAACUUCUUAAUCAUUUAAUAAUGUCAAUGAUAUUUUGGUUGAUUUCUGUACGAUUGGUAGUACUGUAUAUUCUAAACCUUCUGAAUGGAUGAAAAAUGUACUGCAGUUAUUUUGUAUCUCUUCCUCGUGGAGUUAUGGGAUGUUUUCUAUUGCCUUGUAUUACAAAAAAUAAACAUAUUUUCAGCAUUUA